AUGACGGAGGGACGUUUCGAGACCGUUUACAACCUUCGUCCAAAAAACUGGGACGGACGUCGUCAUUGGACCAAUUGGCACCACCUCUACGACUGUGAAAAGGACCACCUGGAGCGCGAGAGCUGCCCAUUUCAUGACCUGCGUUCCGGGGGACAAUUUCAGUAUGAGCACGGGGGAGGCGGGGGCUUCCAGGCCCCUAUUCUUCCAAACCUCCUCAACGAUCGCCCGACUGGGGAUAGAAUGGACUUUGCGAAAGGACCUGGGACACAGAUCGGCGGUCUUGGAGAUAUUCCGUUGGAUGUGGAGGCCGGACGCCCGCUAAAGCACAAUAAGCACCCGGGAAAAACGGUGUUGUACACCAAGAAAAACCCACUAAAUCGUGGGCUCUUUUCCACUUACCCGUAUAUGCCCGAUCCACCUGAUGAGAAGGCCGCGACACGUGAUGAGAGAAUGGGCCAGGGUGGAAUGAGGGCUGGCCGUGUCGAUGGCUUUGGCCAGGCGCCAGAGUGGAUAUCGGAUCCCUACAAGGACAAACCCGACCGAGGACGCAUCCAUCACUUAAAGGCAGGGCCACUACGUUACAGACCGGAGGAUCGUCCGCCUUGGAUGCCGGAAGGAGAACCUGAAAAGCGCAAAAAGCGCACAUAUGGGGCCUUUUAUGCCGGUAAACCGUGCGGCAUCAUCAAUGAUAUAGAGUGGAUUCCCGACCCACGCAUUGAAACCGGCGUCAAGAAGCACGCACGACCGUUCCGGACGUGGCACACACGAACGAAGUUCUCUAUGCCGACGCAUGCGCCGUGGUCCACGGGGAAAAUCACGGCUGAACCUUAUCGUGGGCCAAAUUUAGAUGUGACAACCGCCGGAUUGCCCUCCCUAGACACUUACAAGAAGGUGAAUAUGACACAAACCAUCGGCAAGGAGGCGGCGCUCGCCUCAAUAACGGCACCGGAGCCCGCAAGGCUGAGGUGA